UUUACCAAACUAAUAUGGCGGAAGAAAUUGAGAGCGAUGUUGCAACAGAGAAUAUUACUUAAAUGGAAGAAAAGAUCGAAUAUCCCCUGGAUGUGAAAUACUGUGGAGUGUGCAGUUUACCCUUGGAGUACUGUGAAUACACAGCAGAGUAUGAGAAAUGCAAGGAGUGGCUAAAAGCAAAUAUUCCUGAUGCUUAUAAAGCCCUAAUCGGUCAGGUUGCAGACCAGUUGGGUGAUAUGGAAGUAAGUGAAGGUGCAGCCAAAAAGAAACAAACUAGAGGUGGCAAAGGGGUUGUCAGAGCUCCGAAGAAAAAGAAUGUAACUAAAAAGGUAGCACUGUCAAGAGCCCAGAGAAAUAAGAAGAAGUAUGUGACUGUUGUUACUGGACUGGGUACAUUUGAUAUUGACCUAAAAAAAGCUGCAAAGAUCUUUGCCCAGAAAUACUCGUGUGGAUCGUCAGUGACGGGUGAUGAUGAAAUUGUCAUCCAGGGAGACGUCUUAGAUGAUUUACUAGAUUUCAUUCCAGAAAAAUGGCCAGAGAUUGAUGAUGAUAGUAUAGAGGAUCUUGGAGAUCAGAAGAGAUGAUAGUGUUAAAACUAUUCAGUUUCUUGAACUAAAUU